GUGUGUAUAUAACAAGAAGAAUAAUAACUCCAGCUAUCUCCCAUUUUGUAAUCUUCCAUCUCACUUCCUUCCUCCCCCUCUAAUGCUUCACUCCUCUCUCUAACUCUAACCUACUUCUCCAUUUUUCACCACUCUUCUCUAAAACCUUCUAAAUCCCUAUAUCACUUUCUCUCUAUCAUCAUCAGAUCAAAAUCUCAUUUUCUAUAAUGGGUUCUGUCUCAUAUACACACAGUUGAUUCAAAAUACUACAAAAUUUCUACUUAGUACUUUCUUUCAACGAAGUUCUUUGACGAUGGGUAGAGGCCGAGGAAAAGGGAAGAAGCAAUCUGCUAUUGUUGAGGAUCUUGUAAGCGACGAAGAGGAUAAAGUACCAGCUCACAGAAAAAGAGGGAGACCGAUAAAACCAGUCACGGAUGAAAACGAAGAAGUCGUUGAAGUAACUGAAAAGAUAGAGAACGGCGAGGAGAAUGUAAAUGGCAAUGAUUUGAAAACUGGGGUUAUCACUGUGAAUAAAAAGAAAAGGAAAAGGUCUUCACAGGUUAAAGAAAAGAUAGAACCAAUGAAAGAGGAGAACGGCGUCCGAGCAAAGUCUAGCCCUACCGAUUCAGCGAAGUCUACUGGAUUCCGACAAAAUGGAAGCAGGCGUAAAAGCAAGCCUCGCCGCGCCGCAGAAGCUGGCGUAGAUUGCAAGUGAUCAAGGGAUUUUUGGUAAUAGUUUCAUGACCUUGAAAUUGCUGGAGUUUGUUUGAUUUAUAUACGGCUUCUUAUGGCUGCUGCUGCUUAUUAUUAUUGUAACUUUCAUAUGCUUAUUUUAGUUUUGAGGCUUCAUAGUAGGGACUAUUGCUGAAAAAAACUAUUAAAAUUUUGUAGAUAUUCUUUUAUCAUGAUGAGUUUGAUUUCCUCUUGCUUUCACAAAUCUCUGAAGGCACAUUUGUUU